AUCGAGUUUUUGUUCUUCGCUCGGUAGGUUGACGAUGAAUUUUUUUCGGAUUAAUAUAAAAUUAUCAUAAUUUCCCCCUCAGUCUCAACAACAACACAAAAGAAUAAUUCCAAUUAACGUGUUUUCAAUUGAAAUAAAAAUAAAGAAACCAAAACGACUUCAAAAAAUUUUAUAGAAAAAAGAAAAAUUUAACAAAAAUUCGAAUGCAAUGUAUUCUUUGUGCAAUCGGUGCGCGUGAUAAAAAUUCAUAAGAUUAAGAAUAAAAAUAAAAUGCAUUUAAUUCGUUUGCUUUUUUUGUGUUUUUGAUUUAAGUUUUUGUUUAGUUUUGCUGCACAAAUAAAAGAAAAACAACAAUAAAUUGAAGAUAAAAUCCACCAACAAUCUCCUUGGGGCAUCCAACAACAGAAUUCCAAUUUGAACAACAAAGAAUCUCUCAAUAACUCUCAACCAACAAAUAAAACAACAACAAAAGAAGAAAACGUUUAAAUAAAUAAUUCUAUUUUUGUGUUUAAUUCUACUUCUUCUUCGUCAUCGUCGUCGUCCCCGUCGUUGUUUUCGUGUUUUUUUCUAUGUUUUGUCUUCUUGUUUUGUUCAUUCUUUUUGGUCCCUUGUUCGUUUUCCGGCUUCGUCUUCGGCUACGGCUCCAGCUUCUCUUGGUUGUUUCUUUCAAUUAAUUCUUAAUUAAUUAAAAUUAUUGUUUAAUAACUCGCGCCCACUGAGUGAGUUAACAAAAUAAAAAUAAAGAAAUAAAGGAGUGAGAAUAGUGUGUUGUGUUUUUUGGAUCUGGCUUCUGGCGCUGCGUGCUGUUUUGUGUGCCGUGCCUUGCCUUGUGCCAAGAAGUCUGUCUCCAUCGCAUCCCAGAAAUAAAGUGCAUUGUAUUUUAGUGCGGAUUGAGUGCUGGCCGCUGCGCUGGGUCUUUGUUUUGUUGUUGUUAUGGGUUCCUCCAUAGCACCAUCGUCGUUUGUUAUAAUCAAAAAUAAAAUAAAUAGAAAAAGUAUUCAAAAUGCUGCUGCCGCUGCUGCUAAUUCCCUUAGCAUCGUUGUUUUGAGAUUAAUUGCUCCAGCUGCAACUGCAACUGGAACACACGAUUCAAAUGUGUUGCAAUGUAAUGAAGAAAUGAAGAGGAGAAAUAUAAAAACUGCCACUGGUGAUAGGAAAAAUGCAAACAACACAAUCUCGAUGGAUAGAUUCUGCUUUCCCAUCUCCACUUACUGGUUCCUGAUUACACUUCUACUGGCUGUCGAUGUGGCACACGCUCACAACGAACACACUUUAAGGAAUAGCAGAUCUGAAUCAAAAGGACACAAUAGUGCACAUGAUUUUUUUCAAUCGGUGCAUGAAUUCUCAAACCAUGCGGUAAUCAAACCGGAGCUAUAUAAUGAGCGACAUAAAAGAGCAAUCAAAAGUACAUUGGAUACAGAGAGUGGACUACAUGUGCCUCAUAUCACACUAUCAUAUCAUCAUCUAGGCCAAAGGAUAACUGCCGACCUACAUUUAAAUGAACGACUUAUACCGGAUGGUCAUUUUUUGCGCUAUCAGGAAACCACAGCACAACAUGGCAUUAGGGACAUAGUACAAAAUUUUACAAAGACUGAUAUAGACCUAUGCCAUUAUCAAGGUAUCAUUAGAGGCAAACCAGAAUCCAAGGUAGCUAUUUCGACUUGUAAUGGAGGUGUAAAUGGUGUUGUACACGAUGGUAUGGAUACUUAUUUCAUACAUUCUGGUGUUGAUGGAAGAAUUCAGGAUGAUCACUUUUUAUUCAAACAUGCUGACAUCUUACACAAUGCAACAUGUGGAUACAACAGUGAAUCAAAUCACAUUCACGAGACGAACGAACGGCCUCAAAACUGGGAUAACAUUCAAAACCGAAUCGAUGGCUCUGAGUUCAAUCGAAUCUUACGAUACAAACGAUCGAACAGCAUUGAUAAUAAUAUAAUUCGUGGACCUUUCAAUGCCAACAAACAUUCAUCGUUCGUCGAACUGGUCAUAGUUGUUGAUAUUAAAGUUUAUAAAUCAUUGGGUGAGAAUAUGAAGAAAGUCCAUAGACAUUGUAAGGAUUUGGCUAAUAUUGUUAAUGCGCUCUAUGAACCUUUGAAUAUUUUUAUCGCUUUGGUUGGGGUUGUUGUAUGGAAUGAAGCGAAUGAAAUUGAUUUCUCUCAAGAUGGUGAUGUGACAUUGAAAAAUUUCUUACAUUAUCGUCGUACGAAAUUGGCUGUGAAUCAUCCUAAUGAUAAUGCUCAAUUAUUGACUAAAGAGCCAUUCAAUGGUGGUGUUGUGGGCAAAGCUCUGAAAGGCCCAAUUUGUACCUACGAAUAUUCUGGCGGUGUUUCCAUGGAGCAUAGUCAAAUUGUUGCCGUAGUUGCCGCAACAAUGGCUCAUGAAAUGGGUCAUAAUUUCGGCAUGGAACACGACACUCCCGACUGUCGGUGUCCCGAAGAGAAAUGUAUAAUGUCGGCAUCGAGUACUUCGGUAGUGCCACAUUAUUGGAGUUCUUGCAGUAUUGAUCAACUAAAUGUUGCCUUCUCACGUGGCAUGAAUUAUUGUUUGCGAAACAAACCCACAAAACUAUUCGAUUCCCCACAAUGUGGAAAUGGUUUUGUCGAACCAGGUGAACAAUGUGACUGUGGUUUGCCCGAGUAUUGUAAAAACACCUGCUGCGAUCCAAAUACUUGCAUGCUAAGGACGAAUGCAUCAUGUGCCACAGGUGAAUGCUGUGAUUUAAGUACGUGUCGACCGAAGACUGCCGGGACAAAUUGUCGACCAUCGGAAAACGAAUGUGAUCUGUCCGAGUAUUGUACUGGUGAAUCGGAGUACUGUCCAACUAAUGUCUUCAAACGCGACACUGAGACCUGUGAUGGAGGGAAUGCUUAUUGCUAUCAAGGAACCUGUAGGUCUCGCAGCAAUCAAUGCAGGAUCUUAUGGGGACCGUCUGGGGAGAGUUCAGAGCAUUGUUAUUGGAAAAAUAACAAUGGAAGUCGCCAUGGCAACUGUGGCUUUGAUCGAAUUAACAACAAGUACUUCCAAUGUAAGAAGGAGGAUAUAUUCUGUGGAAUGUUGCACUGUCGCCAUUUAAACGAACGCCUUGAGUUCGGAAUGGAGUCUGUAGCUGUGCUUUCGCAUAGUUUCUUGAAUCACGAUGGCAAUAUCAUUCCCUGUCGAACUGCUAUUGUGGAUCUGGGUUUGCAGUCGACAGACCCUGGUCUCACUCCCAAUGGUGCUAAGUGUGGUGAGAAUAAAAUGUGUGUCGGUCAAAAGUGCAUUGGCAUCGAAGACUUACGAUCGAGUGGUUUUGGCGUCGAAUGCCCCGAAAACUGCAAUGGAAACGGAAUUUGCAACAGUAAGGGCAACUGUCAUUGCAAUGAAGGCUAUGCGCCGCCCUUCUGUAACGCUCCAGGACCUGGUGGAUCAAAAGACAGUGGACCAGCAACAAAUCCAAACAGUCUCGAAGGAUUCACACGCUUCAUGUUCAUAUUCUUCUUGGGAGUUGUUCCUGUUAUGGCCCUACUCGGUUUCCUCGUCUACUAUUGUCGCAAUAAUCCUCAAAUGCCAGGAAAACUAUUCGAAAAUAUUCUUGAAAAACUUUCUUUCAGUAUGAAAUCAACAAGCAAGGGAUCAGCUCCUCGAGGACCACCAUCAGCGCCGAAUGGGGGAUUGCCAAAAUCUACACCAAGCAGUACGGACGAUAUGAAUUCAGCGUUGCUCAAGUCUCCGUCGGAUUCGGAUGCAUCGACAAUUAACAACGGAAUGUUUGGAAAAUUCAAAGGAUUCACUUUGAGACCGCUCUCAGAUUCGGCUCCACCUACAGCAGUGGUUGCACCGAAUGUAGCGUUUGUUCAUCCGGUUAGCAAAUCGUCAAUGGUUCAUGAGUCCAGCAAUGGAGGUGUCCCUGCACGUUUGGCUCCUCCAGUUCCAAAACACGCGACACUCGAUAGGAUGGAUUUGCAAAAGCCAAACGGUGUUGUGCUGGGUAUGAAGAAGGCCAGUACUUUGGGGAAGAUUUCAGAUUCAUCGGCACCUGCACUUCCUCCUCCCAAUCCGGGCUCGCAUCCACGUCCUAUAAUUUCAAAUCCUGUUCUUGAGACCUCAACUUGCAGGGAGAUAGGUAUUACACCGAAGACAAGUGAAGCUAUUCCUGUUCGACCUGCUCCAACUGCUCCACCGAUCAACCAUCCAGCUCCACCUCCACCAGUUCCAUUGCACACGGAUCCCAAGCUAAACAACCGUCAAAAAGAUGGAACUAUCAAACGAAUUGCGUCUUUCCUAAAGAAGGAGGAUAAGUACACUCCGAAAGUCAAGCCAGUAAUUGACAAGGAGAAGCUUAAGAAUAUCGAAAUUUCAGCUCCAAUUCCUCAAACGGACACAUCCAAUUCCGACUCGGAACUUCAAGAUGAGACCAAAAAUCUAGUGAAGAGGGCUCAAAGUAUGAGAAGUCCAACGAAGAAGCAACCUAUCGUUCAGACUUUCGGUUCCAUGAGAAAUCCACCUGGUCUUAACCGUCCCAAGAGUGUUAUUGGAACGGCAAGACCCAAGAGUCCUCCGCCAAGACCACCAGCACCACCGGGAAUAAAGAAAACCCCAUCGACAACUUCUUCGGGCUAUCAACUGCCUAUAUCAUCAAAAGUUGACCACACCUAUGAUGACUGUGAGGCGGUAGAAGAGCCACUUUCGGAUAUCAAAGAAUCACCAUCCCCAACGGGAUCCGAUAACAUUUAUUCGGUGAUCGAUGAGAUCGUGUCGCCUAUUCAGGCCUCCGCAGAAGAAAGCUCAGAUGGUCUGGGUCUUCUUGGAGAGAUUGUGAAUGAGAUCGAGAAAAGAAACGUAGACUCCAUAUACUCGGCUUCGACCCUCAAAAGUGCUACCAGUUCCGAAGGGAUAAAGCCAAUAGCGCCUUAUGAAAAUGUCCCCAGUGGGGAUCAAGAAUCAGAACCGGACUACAUCAAAUCCACAAGUAGCACCGCUUCUGGUGGCUAUAUUCGACCGUCGACAGUGAGUAGUGCAGCACCCAUUGCUAGGGUCGCUCCAACUCGAUCUGACACAUCCACUCCAGCGAAUGCAAACGCAAACGCAAACGCUUUCUCCAGCUUCAAACCCAAAGUUGAGAACGAAUCCUUAACGGGCAGGACCGGGAGAACACCAACUAUCAACCCCAAACCUUCGACAAUCGCCUCAAGAGGCAAUAAAUCAUUUAGUAAGUCACCCAGUCCCCUGGCUAAGACAACAGCCCUCGAUAUAAAAUCAGUUGAUGCGGCACCUAAGAAAUCACUGCCCUCAUCAGGUGCUGCUAAACCAAAACCACUUACAAAGCCAACUGUCGGAAGUGCAGGCACAAAGCCCACAGUUGGUCGGACGAUAUCAACAAACAAUAAAAAGCCUCUCGAAAAUGCAAGUUCAUUAUUAACAAACGCAACUAAACCACCCGCAAGUACAGCUCAACGUCCAGCAACUGCAACAUCAACAACAGGCAAAGUGUCGUCUUUGCAGCAAAAAUUCGAAAACUCACCGAAAACGAAGCCUUUGACUGGAAGUUUAGCAAAGAAAUGAGAAGAUUUUGUGUGUUCUAUAUCGGAUUCCCGAACCAUUCCUAUAAAAAGUAUGCCCUAGAUAAAAAAGAAGAGAAAAUAUUAAUUUAUGUUUCCCGAAUUAGAUUUUAAGUUGUUUUUGUAUUCUUUCUUAAAAAACUAAGUCCUGGCUACGCACCUUAACGUCGAAAACGCUACUUUUUUGUUUUUCCUUUGAAAUUCUACAAAACUAGACUGAAAAGAGACUGCUUUGUGGGUUUUUCUUGUUAAGGCUCGAUCUCUCUGUGGAACUUAAGUUUUUCUUUUUAUAUUUUUAAUAAUAAAAAAAUAAUUUUAUUUUAAUGUAGCAAGGACAUCGUAUAUCGUAACACGUUAUAGAUUAUAUUAUUUAUAAAUAAAAAUGUGUAAAUAACUUUUCUGACUACUUAAGAAAUUUCUGAAUUUUAGUUUCUUUUUUAAUAAUUUAUGUUUUGUUUAAAUCCUAAUUAUUAAGGCAAUAUGCAUUUCCUAAUUUUUAUUUUAAAUAAAAUCAAAUAAACAAAAGAAAGAAGAAAAUAUUAUUGUAAAUUAAUAAAAUUGUAAAUAAUGUACCAAAGAUUUCUAAGUUGUAAACAGCGAUUUUAUUUAUUAUUUGUUUGUUUUAUUUUGCAAUAUUAAAUAAAGCUGAGUCAAAAGCGGUGCUUUUAGCAUUGCAUUAAUAAAAUUUUAAUUGAUUUAAGUUUUAUUUAAGAAAAAAAAAUUGUCAUAAAAUCAAAAUGUAACGCAGCUAAGUCUUUAAACAAACAUAACAAAAUGCAUACACUUACGAAAAACAAAAGAACAACAAUAAAAUAUGAAUAAAACAAAAACAAA